AUGAUUUUGUUUUUCCAGAAUGUGUUCAGUCAGUGCACCAGCCCAGCAGCUGUUGUUGACGUUCCCUUCGGUCUGGCCGCUCCUGGUUUAGCUGCUCGUGGUCUGACUAGUCCUCUUGGCUGGGCCGCUCCUGGCCUGGCUGCUAACGGCCUUAUUACUCCCGGACUUGCUGGUCACGUGCUUUGUAAUGCCGGCACGAAUGGGCUGGCUGGACCGGAGUGA